GGUAGCCAUAGAAACCGGCCAGAGGGGCACUUAGCAACAGAAAAGGAGGAGGCGCAGCAUCAUCUGCUGCGAACGGAGGAAAAAACAGCCGAUGCGAUCGACCUUCAUUUCAUCCAGACCUGCUGCUGAUGGUGAAAACUGGUCGUUUGUAUAUCAAACAUCCAUAAAACUACAUCCAGCGGUUUUAUUGUAAAUCUCAAUCGGCGCGAUGAAGUUCGUCGUGGUUUUAGUCUCCGCCGGCCUCCUGGCUUUUCUCGGCGCGGUCAUCUGCAUCGUCGCCAGCGUGUAUUCACGAUCCUCGGCCGCCGCGCCCCAGGCGCUGUCCGACAACCGCUCACUGUCGCUUCUGGAGCCGCUGCCUGGAUCCGUAGCGCACGCCGGGCCGCUCGGAGCUCUCCAUGGUGCUGAAUCGUAUGAAGGCGGCGGAUUGGACAUCGGCCUGGAGAUGCCGUCGCUCAAUGAGCUCAGUACCGGGGACGUGACUGGGCCAAGUCCGAAACAGUUCACCCUCAAUCGACUCAUUUGUACCCCUGUUCCCAUCACUGACUGCAAAUCCAGGGGUUUGAGAGAACAAGCCGAUGACCCGUUUGCAGAUGAGGAGGACUGGAGCCUCCGCACCACCGCUGAGGAGCUCCGGCAGAUCGUCAUGCAACAAAACGACCAGAUCCUCAUGGACCAGAGGACCAUCACAGAGCUCACCGGGAAACUCUCGGAGUGUGAGAGCGGACUGGAGGAAAGGAGUCUCCACGAGAGGAGUAUGGGGGUCUGGGCGGGCAACCGUCGCCACAUGGCCGGGGACGAUGUGAGCAGCUCGGUUGCAGUACAGCUGCAGACGGCGCGGGCUGUGGAGGAACUGGAGAAAGCGAUUCUUCAACUCAAAGAUCGCAUAGAGAAGUUGGAGUUGGAGAUAGGCCCGGCAGCGAUGAACCACACUGAGCAUACUGUGAGCACACUGGGGAGUGUAGUGGUGGGCGAGCCUGGCAGGCCUGUGGAGGAUCUGGAGGGAGAGCUGGAAAAAAAGAUUAGGCUGCUGGAGAAGGAGAGGAAGAACCUCCGAAAAGAGACCCAGAGCCACCAUCAGCACAUAGACCAGGGAAUCAACACCUUGCAAGAGCGUAUUGCAGAGCUGGAACAGAGUCUUACAGAUUACAGUUACCCACAAGGGUAUAAACUUUCCUUCCCUGUGCGGACUAACUACAUGUACGGGCUUGUUAGGCGGAAUAUUCCAGAGAUGUACGCCUUCACGGCGUGUCUGUGGCUCAAGCCUGCUGAGAGUGGAAUUGGGACGCCAUUUUCCUAUGCUGCACCGGAACAACCCAAUGAACUUGUCCUGUUGCAGGGCAUUCAUAAUCCAGCAGAACUACUCAUCAAUGAUAAGGUGGCACAGCUGCCUCUAUCUUUGCCCCAGGGCAUCUGGCAGCACAUAUGUGUGAGUUGGACUCUACGGGAUGGAGUUUGGAAAGCAUAUCAAAGUGGAAAGUUGAGAGGACGGGGUGAAGGUUUGUCCGCAUGGCACCCAAUCAAAUCCGGGGGCGUCUUGAUAUUGGGGCAGGAACAGGACACCCUUGGCGGGCGGUUUGAUGCAUCCCAGGCUCUUGUUGGGGAGCUAUCAUUGUUUAAUCUGUGGGACCGGGUGUUGUCGCCAACAGAGGUUGCUGCUUUGGCGGCAUGUGCAGAGUCACCCCGCUUGGGGAACAUAGUGCCCUGGACAGAUCGAGACGUGGAUGUGUUUGGAGGGGCUGUCAAGGACCCCGUGGACCCCUGCCUUCAGAGCUCCCAUCCCCGGCAGUGAGCAGGGCCAUGGGUUGAUUCCUUUCUUUUUUUGAGGCGAGGGUAAAUGAGACAAAAAUGGCCUGAAAGGUAUGACAACUGUGCUGUGGUCCCGGUCUGUGUAUAGAACAUAUUUACCGUAGAGCUACACUCUCACUGAGUGUUUGUUUCUGCAGGGAAGGGAUUUGUCUGUGCGUGUUGUUGUGUUACUUCGGAUAGAGCUGCUGCCGAAGGCUUUUAAAGGCCUGUUUGCGUCUCGUGUUGCUUGUGUUAUUUCAUGCCCUUCUUCUCAAAGCAUUACCGCACAAUGGUCCCUUCAGAUAUAGAGAAUGUUUUUCAAAUACGAUGGAUGUGGCUCAUUCUCACAGCACUUGUCUUGCUCUUGUUUCAUUAUUUGUGUAAAGUGGAGCUUUCGCUUUUUCCCAGAGCAGCUUUUUCCUUUCUUGUUUUUAUUACCGGUCCCUUACACCGUGUCUACACCAGAUGCGAGCGGCGCAGCGCAACAAAAUACUAUAGAACUCAUUAUAAUCAGUGAUGCUGUCUACACCUGAUGCGGCACGGCACGACAUGACAAAUCCUCGACAGUAAACAGCUGCCACAUUCUAUUUAUGCCGUAUUGACACAAAUUUCUAAUUAUUUUCAAAGGUCGCUUUGUUGUGUCCAGUGUAGACAGAAUUUAGCUGUGUGGCGCGGCACGGCGUGACACGGUGUUAGGGUCACUUCACUUGUUAUUUCAGUCCGGCAGCACUUAAAAGUGUACAACGUCUUAUCUUUAUCAUAACAUGUUUAAAAUUUGAAUUAAUUUAUGUCUUUUGGCAUCUGGUCACAUGGGUCUUUACCCUGCUGUGUAUCUUUUCUCACAGAUUCAGCAAGAUCCAAAACUUUUUUUUAAACCAAAAUGUGUUAUUCGAUGCUUAAUAUCUUAAACAUCACACUAAAUUUUGAAGAUCUGAUGUGCAGACCACACACUAUGAAAAUAUAAAUGUGAAACAGUGUUUAGCAUCUUGUCGUGUUACCAUUGCACUGCAUCUAGCCCUACUUGCCCCUUCACGGAGAAAAGCUUAUGGGGAAGUGCCUGUCUGUUUAUUUGACUCUUGCUAUUGGUUGAUGAUCAGCUGUGAUGUCAGUAUAGUGCUUCUUCAUAUUUGCACCACCAAGGAUCUACAAUGAUAUUGUGACAAAUGUGGAUGAAAAUAUUAAAACUGUGAAGAUAAUGAACUAUGAGAGUGCAUUGUCUUGUUUACUUGUAUGUACUGUAUGUAUGUAUGUAUGUAUGUAUCUAGAUUAGGGUUGCAAAGGGGUGGAAAAUUUCCGGUAAAUUUCCAGAAACUUUCCAAAAAUCCCAGGAAGAUUCCAAAAAAUCCCGGAAGGUUUCCGAAAUUUACUAGAAAUUUUCCAACUUUUUGCAACCCUAAUCUCGAUAGAUGGAUAGGAUUUAUGAACCACAUAAUAUCCCGAUGGUCUGAAAUAUUGAUCAUGACUGUUAUAGUAUUUAUCCACUACUCUUUAAACCAAUACAAAACACUUAAAAUAUAUGCAUAAAAUAACACUGUAUAUG